UGCGUCCUACCCUGCUCUGGGCUCUCGCUACCAGCCUACCACCGCGCGCGGCGCGCCCUUCGAACGCAUCGAGCACGGCGGCACCGAGCGAGUCUCCUCCCAUGGAGAACCAGCAGCAGCAGGCCCCCCAGCCCAUCCGAUGCAAAGCGGCCGUGUGCAGGGCCGUCGGGGAGCCGCUGGCCAUCGAGGAGAUCGUCGUCGACCCGCCCAAGGCGUACGAGGUCCGGAUAAGGAUCGUCUGCACGUCGCUCUGCCACAGUGACGUCACAUUCUGGCGCAUGAAGGAUUUCCCCGGCAUUUUCCCCAGAAUAUUUGGCCACGAAGCUUUCGGGGUGGUGGAGAGCGUCGGGGAACACGCGGGGGAGUUCGCCGCGGGCGACGCGGUGGUGCCGACGUUCCUGGGGCAGUGCAGCGAGUGCGUGGACUGCCGGUCGCCGCGGAGCAACAUGUGCUCCAGGUACCGGUUCGCGGUGCGCCCGGGGAUGCCGCGCGACGGCGCCACCCGGUUCAGCGACGCCCAGGGCCGCCCGCUCCACCACUUCCUGGGGGUGUCCAGCUUCGCCGAGUACACCGUGGUGGACGUCAACCACGUCGUCAAGGUCAACCCCACCAUGCCGCCGUCCCUCGCCUGCCUCCUCAGCUGCGGAGCCUCCACUGGAGUCGGAGCCGCAUGGAAGCUGGCGAAAGUUGAGCCUGGAUCCUCGGUCGCUAUCUUUGGCCUCGGCGCUGUAGGAUUGGCGGUGGCCGAAGGAGCGAGGAUUUGUGGGGCGUCAAAGAUAAUUGGCGUGGAUAUAAACCCUGACAAGCAUGAACUUGGAAAGAAGUUUGGUGUGACGCAUUUCAUCAAUCCAAAAGAACUUGGUGAGAAACCUGUCAGCCAGGUGAUAGUCGAGAUGACUGAUGGUGGUGCCGACUACUGCUUCGAGUGCAUCGGGCUGGCGGCUCUGAUGAACGACGCAUUCUUGAGCUCCCGAGAAGGUUGGGGCAAGACGAUAAUUCUUGGAGUGGAAAUGCACGGUGCCCCUCUCUCCAUACCAUCUCGGCAGAUCCUCCACGGGAAAUCUGUCAUCGGUUCCAUGUUCGGAGGAGUGAAGCCUAAGCAGGACAUUCCCAUCCUCGCUGAUAAGUACCUGAACAAGGAGCUAGAGCUGGACAAGUUCAUAACCCAUGAAGUUGGCCUUAAGGACAUUAAUGAGGCUUUUGAUCUGCUGCUUCAAGGGAAGAGUGUUAGGUGCAUCAUAUGGAUGAACAAAUGAUGCAGCAAUCCGAGUUUGCAUCCGAAGCGACCUAUGCUGCCCUGUAAUGCUUGCUCCUCGUUUCAUUGGAAAUAAUUAGUUUGCAGAAGCCAAAAGAAAUCUUGUGUAUUGUGCAUGUUGUCUUCAAUUCUCUACCUGCAUGCCCACCUGUAAAACUUGGUCUCUCAAAAGUGCCCUGUUUUCUUUUGACUGCUUUCAGAAGUUACGGUUC